AUUCUUUCUUUAGAAAAAAAAGAAGUCAAGUGUUUGCAAAAAAAAAAUUGUAUAGUUUUUCUUAUUUUUCCUCGUUAUCGUUAUACAGAAAAAAAAGAGCUGUGUAGGAGUCGUUUAUACAGCACCUGCCAUAAAUUGUACGUAAAACGUAUAAAUAGGGAGGGGACUAGUUGGUGUUUAGAUAAAAAGUGUUAAAUAAAUUAUAACUAUCAAUUGAUUGUGUCCAUACUACUAAGAAAAAAAUAAAUAAAUAUCGAGUGUGUGUAACCACUAAAGGCCGCAUCAUCAUCAUCAGUAGAGAACAACGUAACAGCAGUAGCAGCAAGUGAAAGGGGGUUGCCUUGUUUUAAGUGUUGGUCUGUUGAUUAGAUCAUACUACAAACCAAACCACCACCACCACCACCCGUAUGCCAGGUUUUCAUUUCAAUGAAAUGGGCGAAAUGGUGUUGGACGCAAUUGAUGAUAUUGGAGUGGUAGAUGUUUACGAUUUGGCCUCCGACAUAGGCAAGGAGUAUGAAAAGAUUAUUGAUCGUUUUGGCACUGAAGCCGCCACUGGCCUUAUGCCUAAAAUCAUUAAUACAUUGGAGCUGCUAGAGGCUUUGGCCACCAAGAAUGAACGUGAAAAUGCCACCAUACAAGAGCUAAAAGAUAAAAUAGCUCAGUUGGAAAGUGAAAAAUCAGAAAAAGCUGAAUUUCGUCGCAGGUUUGAAAAAGAAUUGGAAAUGAUUGAGGAACAAUGGCGUACGGAAACAAAUGAUUUGGCCGAUUUGGUGUCAUCGUUGCAGGAGGAAAAUAAACGUUUGAUAAAACAAACUCAAGAUUUGCAGUCUUCGUCGGCUCAGUCGUCUGGCUUGGGUGCCAGUCUAACGGAGAGUAUUAUAAGUAUUACCAAUAAUGAAUUGCACAGUGCUUUGAGCGAUACACAAGUGUUGCAGCGUCUUAAGGAACAAAUCUAUAGACAACGAGAUGAGUUAAAGGAAAAAGAAAGAGAAUUGCAGAGUAAAUAUACGGAAAUUGAACAUAUGACCAUACAAAUGGAACGUUUUAAAUCUUCGGGACGUGAUACACGUCGUCGUUGUACUAUGCUACAAACCCAGGUGAAAACUUUGUGUGAAGAACGUGCUGACUUUUUGGCUCAACUACAGGACCAGUGUCGUGAAAUUAAUAGUUUACGCAAACGUUUGGGUUUGGCUGAAAAAGAUAAUGAAGAUUUGUAUAUGUCACAUGAUGACGAUCCCAACGAUCCGAAUCGUCCACGUUAUACUACUUUAGAGUUAAAAGAACUGAUUAAUGAACGCGAUGAAUUGUUAACAACAAUUGAGAAUUUGAAUGAAGAAUUGAGGGCAUUAAAACCAACAGAAAUAACAGCAAAUGAUUCAAGUUCAGAUGAUGAUGAUGAUAAUGAUGAUGGUGUGGGUGCAGAGGGUGGUGAAGAUGAGGAUAAUGGUGAACAUAAUGGAACACCUCCUGAACAUGAUGCCCCAGUACAGGGCCCCUUACCCUUUGAACCCGAUGAUGCUCCCUGGAAGAAGUCUAAUGAAUCUGGUAUUCGUAAAUUCUUUCGCAAAUUAUUUUCCGAUACUAAUGAUGGCAGCGCCCAUAAUCAAACCUUUCAAAAACGUUCCUUAGCCACCUUAUCGAAAAUGGCUUUAUCGGCUACACCCUCAGCUAAUGCUAAUGUUAACACUUUACAAUAUUACAGGUAUUAUUAAAAACUUAUAAAACAAUAAUAAAACAACAGCUCACCUCUAAUAUUACAAAAAGAAAAAACACACACAUUCCUAAAGUUAAAAAAAUUAAAAAUUCUUUAACGAAUAUUCACGAAUCACUGCAUUUCAUGUUAAAACAAAAGAAAAAAAAAACAUCUCAAAACAAAAAU